UGGGCCUGCUACUACGCAUGCGCACAACUCUCGCAAUCUGAGCAUCUCCUCACUGAUGACAAAGGGUGCUCCGGGGACGUGCUGCGCGUGACCGCGUUCUUUGCUUGCUCAGAUGCAGCAGAGACAUACAGGUGGAGGUGAGACUGACGGAGCUCCGUGUGUGUAGGUCGGUGAGGUGGAGGAUGCGUGCCGUGGGCUGCAGCAGCUGAUCACCGGUACCGAGACGAAGAGCGCGAGGAAGGACCAGAGGAAGAACCAUGAGCUGCAACUGGGGCACCGAGCUGUGGGAUCAGUUUGAUAACUUGGAGAAACACACGAGCUGGGGGAUCGACUUCCUGGAGAGAUACACUAAGUUUGUAAAAGAGCGCGCCGACAUUGAGCUGAGCUACGCCAAACAGAUCAGAAGUUUGUCGAAGAAGUACCACCCCAAGAGGAACAGAGAAGAUGAGAGCAGGUACACCUGGUUUGUGGCGUUUGCGGCGACUCUGCAGCAGCUGAACGAACUCGCCAUCCAGAGAGAAGAUCUUGCUGAAAACCUGAACGCACAAAUUGUCUGCGAGCUGACACGAUACACUCAGGAGCUGAAGACUGAGAGGAAGUCUCAUUUCCAAGAUGGCCGCCGUGCACAGCAGCACAUUGAGAGCUCCUGGAAACAGCUGGAGUCUAGUAAGCGGCGGUUCGAACGUGACUGUAAGGAGGCGGAGCGAGCUCAGCACGUCUCCGACAAAAUCGACCUGGACAAUAAAACGGAUGGAGAGAAGCGCUGCUCGCUGAAGGCUCGUCAGACAGCUCAGCAGAAACAACAAGCUGCUGAGGAGUCCAGGAAAGACUACGUGACAAGUUUAAACCAGUUUAACCAGGAUCAGCACCAGCACUACCACACACUGGUACCAGUAAUUUACCAGCGUAUCCAGGACAUGGAGGAGCGGCGGAUCGAGAGGAUUGGGGAGGCGAUGCGUUCGUUGGCCGAGGCUGAGAGAAAAGUUCUUCCUGUUGUGAGCCGCUGUCUGGACGCCAUGAUGGAAGCUGCUGAAAGCAUACAGCCAAGAAAGGACACCCGUCAGGUGGUGGAGGUGUAUAAAUCAGGAUUCGACCCCCCGGGUGAUGUUGAAUUUGAAGACUACAGCGCCACCAUGAGGCGGAGCAUCUCUGAAUCCAGUUACCUCGACAACCGGACAGAGGAGCGGAGACAAAGCAGAAAGCUGUGGCCCUUCAUCCGAAAAACCAAGUUGCUGACCCUCCUGUCCUCCCCCCGCCAGCCUCCACCCCCACCCCCAACCUCUCCUUCACCCGGGGGCAUGGCCAACAGUCCCCAGUCCCCACCCACAGCCACAGCCACCCGAGAACCAAUCACACAGCGGCUGAAUGACCUCAUGACCUCUGGCUACAGAACCAGGAAGCAGUGUCUGCGCAGCCUCAAGAGAGGGCUGUCACUCAAACUGGGCUCGAGUCCUGCCGACUGCAGCCAUCUUCCUCCUGAACAGAGACGCAAGAAACUUCAGGGCCGCAUCAAUAACAUCAAUCAGGAGAUACAGAGAGAGCGCGAGCAGAGGGACGCUUUGUUGAAGAUGAGGGAGGUUUAUGAACGAAGUCCUCAGAUGGGCGAUGCCAGCAGUUUGGAGCCUCGACUGGAUGAAGUGAAGCAGAACCUGCAAAGGCUGGAGGAGGAGCUGAGGAGGAACCAGGUGUGGCUGUCAGAGGCCGACAGCAGGCUGUCUGAUCACAGCACCAGGAGACAGAGCGGAGGCUGUGGGUUAAAUUCCCAGGCAACUACACCAGGCAGCACCAGCCUCAAACAGCUGGACAACCGCAGCCCAGCCAGCAGAGAGAGUCCCGAUGGCAGUUACACUGAGGAUCACAGCGCUGAGCUUCACUUUAAGUCUCGUAGUUCAGAGUUUGAUGAUGACUUCGACGAUGAGGAACCAUUGCCGAGUAUUGGAACCUGCAAGUCUCUGUACCCAUUUCAAGGUCAGAAUGAGGGCACUCUGUCGAUGCUGGAGGGGGAGCUACUUUCUGUGGUGGAAGAAGACAAGGGUGACGGCUGGACCCGAGUGCGCAGGAACCUGGAGGAGGAGGGAUAUGUGCCAACCUCUUACAUCAAAGUCUUCCUGGACAGCAGCGCCAAAGGCUUUGUGCAGAAUAGUCGGCUAGUCUAGCGAGUUACUCGACCAGUGAAGACGUCUCUCCACAGGAAGUGAUGUAAGAGCUCAGAGGAGGUCUGGUAACAAUUUUUCAUUGAACAGUGUUGUUUUUCAGGAUCUCAACCAACCAGUCAGCUGGAAGACUGCUUUCUUCUUCUUCUUUUUUUUUUGAGAGACAAAAACCUCAGAACCUAAUCAAAGAUCCAUGAGAAACCAAUUUGAGAUCAAUGGGAAAUCGGAUCACAGAUCCAUGAGUAGCCAGUCAGAUCCAGAACCAUUUGGAGAGCCAAUGCAACCCAGUCAGAUCAAUUAGAAACCAUCUGAGAUCCAUGUGAAACCAGUCACAUCAAUGAAAACCCAGUCAGAGACCAAUUAGAACCCAAUCACAAACAAAUCGGAGAUCAAGGAGAAACCAAUCAGUUAAUAAAUCAGAGGAGAUGAUUGUAGUAAGAAAUGAUUCACCGUUCCAAACAUUUCUGAUGUAUAACUGAACGCUGACUUGUAUUUGUGGAAAAGAUGAAGAUGUAUUUCUGAUAUUUGAACUUUGUUCUUCAAACUCUUCAUGUGAGGACUUUAUUGAUCAGCUGAAUGAUCGACUAUGUUGUGGUCACCACGGUUAUUGUGAAAUCACUGUGGGCGUGGUCUCUAAAGUGACAUUUAAACAGACAAGUCGACUGCAUGUAAAUACAAAUUGUAGCUGCAGGAGUAGCCCUGCCCCCUAUCGCCCUGCCAAUAUUAGCCCCACCACAGGCAGUAACAACCCAGCCCCUCCUAUUAGCCCACCCAUUGAUGAUGAUGUUAUUGACUGUGUAAAAUGUGAACCUUUUUAUUUUAUUUUAUAGUGAAAUACU